AUGUCGGAAGAGAUGCAUGAUGGCGAGACAUUCGCAUUCCAGGCGGAGAUCGCGCAGUUGAUGAGCCUGAUCAUCAACACAUUCUACAGCAACAAGGAGAUCUUCUUGCGUGAGUUGAUUUCGAACUCAUCUGAUGCGCUGGAUAAGAUCCGUUACCAGGCGCUCACAGAGCCGGCCGAAUUGGAGACUGGGAAGGAGCUUUUCAUCAAAAUCGUCCCAAACAAGGCCGAUAAGACCUUGACAAUUGUGGAUACGGGCAUUGGUAUGACAAAGGCGGAUUUGGCUGGCGCUGAUAUAUCAAUGAUUGGCCAGUUUGGAGUAGGCUUCUACUCGGCGUUUUUGGUGGCGGACAAAGUUAUUGUGGCUUCGAAGCACAACGACGAUGACUGCUACCAGUGGGAAUCGUCUGCUGGCGGCUCAUUUAUUGUGCGACAGGUGGUCGAUCCAGAACUUACACGUGGCACCAAGAUCACGCUUCACAUCAAGGAAGACCAGCUGGAAUAUCUUGAGGAGCGCCGCAUCAAGGAGAUUGUCAAGAAACACUCACAGUUUAUUGGAUACCCAAUCAAGCUUACUGUAGAGAAAGAGAGAGACAAGGAGAUUUCCGACGAUGAGGCGGAAGAGGAGAAAAAGGAUGAGGAUGCGAAGGAAAAGAAGGAGGGCGAGAUCGAAGAUGUAGGAGAAGACGAUGAAGAAGAGAAAAAGGACAAAAACAAAAAGAAAACGAAGAAGAUCAAGGAGAAAUAUCAUGAAGAUGAGGAGCUGAAUAAG